AUGUCCGAAGAGCGCUCACCUGAAAGCGUCCUUUCUGCCAACAACAUCAGUGCUGAGAGAUGGAAUUCUUUGGAAGGCCUUGAAAUCAUCUUUGACAAAUGGGACCCAAAAUAUCCUUAUAGCCUCCGUCUGCUCGACAGCAAUGGACAGGAAGUGUCCAAAAUGGUAGAAAGCCAAUAUCGCCUCGAUCUACCAUUGCUGACAAGGAACAUGGCCGUUUGUGCCCUCGCAUUGACUACACUCGUCUUCAGUAGUAUAGGCCCCAAUGGGCAGUUUAAGGAGGUCAGACAGAUUUCGGCGGGCACCUCGAUCGUGUUGGCAGGGAAAAUGCCGGGUUCCGAAACGGAGCGGAAGCUCUACCUGCCUAAUCCGACCACGGCGGCAGUGGGUCUCGCCAUCUUAGGGGUGAGGAAUCUCGUUCGAGUCAUUGUACAGCAACGUCAAUCGGACACGUACACGAAAACUCCUAAAGAUACUUUUGAAAGCAUCUUGGAAGAAAUUAGAAAGUCGGCAGAUAGUCGAAGAGUGGACGAGUCGGUUACUACAUCGUUCGGCAGGUUUUUCGACGAUGAUGGCAAUUGGAAACCCACUCGAGAUAUGCGGCAUCUCUCUGUUGUCCCUGCAGCGGACCCACGCGGCGAUGGUAGUCACAUUGGAGAAAGGGACGACGACUGGGAGGUUGUUUCCGUGUUUGACGGGUCAAUUGUGUCUGAUGAUUAUUCAUUGGUGGACGCCGAGAGCGAUUCGUAUAUAUUGUACGAUGAAACGAUAGGUCUGAUAUUGAUGUUCGAAUCGGACGAAAAGGAGGGAUCUAGGAGAUUCGAUGUGUCCCAAGCCGGCAGUUGCCAAGGUUCCACCCCCGUGCCCAUCGGACAUGUCUUGCUCGGAUCUUGGCCUCUUCAACAGCUGAUUAUCCGAGACGGGGCUGUACAGCUACAGCGAACGACGGACGACAUAUACCUUGAAGUACAAACGGAUAUACAGGGAUAUAGAUCCGAGGCGAUGCUAUGCGGUCAUUUUUCGACGUUAAACUACGAGAAGUCAAGAGGGCAAAGUUGGAUAAAAGGGGUGUUUAAAAACUUGACUACCAUCGCCACUCAACGACAAACAACUACAACUACAACUACUUCACAUUCAUAUCUCAUCUUCACUCUCAAGUUUUACAAGAACUCCCAACUAGUAACCAUGUCUUAUUACACACCUACUUAUAACUAUCCUCAAAGACGAUCAGGAGGUUUCUUCUCUUCACUAUUCUGUUCUUCUCGUCCUUCUUCAUCAACCUACAGACCUUCUUAUUCUACAUCAUACGCUCCGCCACCUUACGCAGGUAACAUGGGUUCACGUUCACCUAGAAAAUAUAAAUCCGCUCCUCCUGUUUAUUACGGUGGUGGUGGUGGUGGAGGAGGUUAUUAUGGUAAUGGAAGAGGUAAAAAAGGUGUUAGGUUCGGUGGGACUAGUGUUAGGACUUAUGGUUAUUAUUAA